AUGAGCGACCUGAUGAACCACUCCCGAUUUCCAUUUGACACGAACAGCGAGAUGCUAGCAGUACCGAGUCAUUUGGACGACGAUGAGUUUUUCAAAGACCUUCCUGUUUUGGCACGUAACCAACGACCGACAACACAACAUCGCGAGGCUUCCACUCAUUCAGAAAAGCCUGAUUCCAGAACACGCGAGCAAAAGCCAAAGGAUCAUGAUAAUGAUCCAAACAAGCAAUCCCAAAUGGAUAAAAAGCAUCAAAUGGUCGAUACUGAUGCCGACAAAGACAAUCAACUUCGUCGAGCUUUCUCAUCUUACACAUACAGCAACUCAUCUAUCGUCGACGACAAAGGUCGACGGGUGACAAGUAAGCGUCGUCGUUACGAAGACUCAACGGGUCGACUCAAAGCUGUGCACGAGCGCCAGAUUGAGGGUAAAAAGCUGCGUACGACGUGGAGCCGCAUGGGUCCCGAUGACGAGGGAAAGCACGAGGCUAUGUGUUCAAGCGGCACGCCUGAGGAGUUUGAGAAGCUGUGGCAUGAGACUCCGUUUGGUGUGGCGCAGAAGGACACUAUGGCUCAACAGCAACUGGAGCAAGACCCCAAAAAAGAUGGUUUUAAGCCUCUGGCUAAGGAGGCAGAGGCAACGCCGAUGGAGACGUAA